CCGCCCUUUCCGCUCCUCCACUUCCUCUUCCGCCGCCGCCGCCGGAAGCGCCGAGUGCCGCCGCUGCAGCCAUGGCCUCAAGGUUACUGCGGGUGGGCGCGGCGCUGCGGCUCCUGCCCGCCGCCACCGCCCGGGCAGCGCCCGCCCGGCACUUCGCCGCGCCCGGCGACCUCGCCACGGACCAGGAGCAGGCGACGGGGCUGGAGCGGAAAGUGCUGGAGGCCAUGAACAAGGGCCUGGACCCCUACAGCAUGUUCCGGCCGAAGCGCUACGCGGGCACCAAGGAGGACCCCAACCUCGUGCCAUCCAUCACCGACAAACGCAUCGUGGGCUGCGUCUGUGAAGAGGACAACAGCUGCGUCAUCUGGUUCUGGCUGCACAAGGGGGAGGCGCAGCGCUGCCCGUCCUGCGGCGCGCACUACAAGCUGAUCCCCCACGAGCUGCCCCACUGAGAGCGGCCCGGAGGGAGCCCCCCGCAGCCCCCGGGGGGGUCCUGGGGUGUGAGACCCCCCCCCAACAACAACCGUCUGGUCUUUGAAAGCUGAGCCACCGCGGCGCUCGUUCUGCUGUGUCCCCCCCUUAUAUAGGAAAAGAACUGUGUGUUGAGACCCAG